GGAACUCACAUUAUCUAAAGUCACUUCCCUUCUUACCCAUUAAAGGGAAUGUCUUUUUCUUCCCUUCUUACCCAUUAAACAAAGUCUCCCUUCUUUUUCCUUUCAAAAAUUUCAACCAAUUCUUGGUUUGCAUGGAAGUGGUGGUGGGAAACCAGGGCGGCGGCGGCGGGGCGAGGGAGUACAGGAAGGGGAACUGGACGGUGCAGGAGACGAUGGUGUUGGUGGAGGCGAAGAGGAUGGACGACGAGCGGAGAAUGAGGCGGCAAGCCGGCGGAGACGGCGGCGGGAAGCCGACGGAGCUGAGGUGGAAGUGGGUGGAGGACUAUUGCUGGAGCAAUGGGUGUCUGAGAAGCCAGAACCAGUGCAAUGACAAGUGGGAUAAUCUCAUGAGGGAUUUCAAGAAGGUGAGAGAGUAUGACAGGAGACUGCUUCACCGGAGCGGCGGCGGCGGCGGAGACGGCCACGAUCACGGCGGCGGCGGCGGUGAGAAGUCGUAUUGGAAGAUGGAGAGGAACGAGAGGAAAGACAACAACUUGCCCACCAACAUGCUGCGCGAAAUUUACGACGCGCUGAUUGAGGUUGUGGAGAGGAAGCCGCCGGUGGCCGGUCAAAGAACGGUCGUCGGGGUCGCCGGCGCUUCGACUUCAGGUUUCGUUCCUCAAUUGCCGCCACCAGUAAUGCAGCAGCAGCAGCCACUUGAACAUCGUGAAGUGGUGGUGGCACAUCCGCCACCGCCGCCACCUCCUCCUCCGGUGGCGCAGCAGCCACCGUUGUACAUACCUUGCCCUGCCCAGCCCUUCCCCAGAAUGUGUGAUAGCUCAGAUCCUGAAACAAGGGAGCAGAGCUCUUCCGAGUCACCGGCAGCAAAGAGGAGAAGAAUAACGACGGCGACGGCGACAACUCACGAGCAGCUUCCGGCGCCGGCGCAGAGCGGCGGCGGCAGCUCGGCCCUUGCCGCGAGUGCGACGCUGAUAGCGGAGGCGAUUCAGACGAGCGAGGAGAGGGAGGAGAGGAGGCACAGGGAGAUGGUGAGCUUGCAGCAGAGGAGACUCCGUCUCGAGGAAUCGACGGCUGAGAUCAACCGGCAGGGCAUCAACGGCCUCGUCGACGCCAUCAACAGACUCGCCAAUUCCAUCCUUGCUUUGGCUACUACUAAUAAUGCUAAUACUAACAACAUCAACCAACCUCCUCCCCCUCCUCCUUGAACUCGCCGGCCGCCGGCCUCCGCCGCCCAUGUCCGGGAACAGUGUCUGAGAAAGGAUGAAGAAAUCCCAGUUCUUCAUGAAGCUGGACCAUUGCAGAAGCCAGAUGCCCAAAUCGGCUCAAUUCUUCUGAGAAACAGAUGAAAUUCCGAGGUACACAAUGAAAUGAAACCUCAACCACCCACAAUCUCAAACUCGUUUUCAUUUCUUCAGUCUACGCUGCUAGUUUGAGCUUUUUCCCUUCAAUUUCUCCAGAAAUUGUCUUGGAAGCAAUCGAAUGACCCAAGAGUCAUUCCCCUUAGUAUUUUGUAGUUUAGAAAGGUCACUGUUGAUUGAUUGCUGUUACUGGGCAUUCAAUGAUAAUUCCUAGAAUCGGCAAAAGGGUGUGUUGGGAAAUGAUUUCCCAUCUUAAUGACGUAUUGAUUCCGUCUUCGAUUUCUAUUUCUGAGAGAGGAUCUUCUUCUUCUUCAUCUGUUUCACCGAGUCUAAAAGCAUUAAGGUUGAAGGGAAUUCGGUGUUUUCGAAGUUGUGAUCAUACUCAUUCUAGCAAAAUACCCAUGGCAGAAUCGACCAGCCAGAGACCUAACUCUGUUAAAGGUAUGAAAGUAUCACGAGCAGUGAGAAGUGAUGCGCAAGCUGCACUCUUUGAU